AUAAAUACUGUAAAUCCCAGCGAAAGUGCUGGGAAAAAUUGCCUACAACCGGAGAUUUUAACCAACAACAACAACAACCGCACAACAAACGACAGUCUGGAAAAAAUUAAAUUAAUUUAAAUUAAAUUUUAAUAUUAAUUUCAUAAAAUCGUGGCAAUGUGCGUCAGGGAAACGGCAGCGAUUUUCUUCGCGGAACCCGAACUGGUGGUCGGCCUUGGCCGCAGGGUGCUGUUCGUGAACCCCGACGACCUGCAGAUAUUCAAGGAGAUCGAGCUGCCGCCCGACCUUGCUGCUGCUGCCGGCAAGCAGUCGGAGGAAAAGGCUUCCGGAUCUGGAGCGGGAACGGGAAACGGAAACGUUGCGGUGCAGAACGUGGCCUACUCGCCAGAUGGACAGCUGCUGGCCGUGACCACCAGUGGGGGGCAGAAGGCGCUCCUGCUCUAUCGCACGCGGCCAGAGAACGCCCGCCUGCUCUCCGCCCGCCCUCUCGCCCGGGCGGCCAGUGCCCUGCGCUUCUGCAGCGACAGCAGCUCCGUCCUGGUAACGGACAAGACGGGCGAUUGCUACCAGUACGACUGCGUCGAAGUGGAAGCCGUUCCGCGCCUGCUGCUUGGCCACCUGAGCGUGGUGUACGACAUCCUGUGGUCGGAGGACCAGCAGCACAUCAUAACCUGCGACCGGGAUGACAAGAUACGCGUGACCAACUAUCCAGCCACCUUCGACAUCCACAGCUAUUGCUUGGGCCACCGCGAGUUCGUCUCGGGGCUUGCCCUGCUCACUGACCGGCAUAUCGCCUCCGCCUCGGGGGACAAGACGUUGCGCGUCUGGAACUACAUCCAGGGUAAGGAGCUGCUGCAGCACGAGCUGCCCGCCCCGGCGGUUCGUCUGCUGGUGCGGCAGCUGGAGCCGGAGAAGGUAUACCAGGCGGCGGUGCUUUUCUACGAUCACGUGGACGCCCUGGGACUGUACCGCUUGGAGCGCAGCUCCGCCGACGACACCUGGAGCGUCACGGCCACGCAGCUGGUGCGUGCUGAGGCGGGCUCCUGGAAUAUUAGCAACUUUACUUUAACCGCCGACAGGAUCUACGUCACCGGCGCUGAGAACGAGCGAUUGAGCCUGCGGGUCUACGACAUCGCCACUGGCCAGCGGACGACCAGCGGGGUGCCCGAGGGCUGGCUAAAGAUGGUGCUAGACGGCCUGGGCGCCACCGAGGAGGGAGGACCUCCCUUCAUUCCCGAGGACCUGUCCGUUUGGUUCAAGAAGCGCUUCGACAACGUCAGCGACUAUCUGGAGCGCAAGAAGCGGCGCAUCGAGGAACAGCAGCAGCAGAAGUGCGGCUAGUCCCGAAGAGGAAACUCCAAAGUAAAUCACAUUGAACCCUAAUGUUUACAUAGCAUUUAAUUAGCAUAUGGAGCAGAUGCAACGGACUAUGUGUGACAGGCCUGUUGUUGGCAUAAUAAUAUAUAUCUGUAUAUGUGUGUAAAA